AAUAAUUGGUGUAUUAGACAAAAUUUGGUAUAUAAAAGCGAUAUUGAGUGUCAACCAAUGUGAAAUGUAUAGCUGUACAUUAUCAUGAACACGACUGUGUGAGUCAUUGGAUUGUUAUUAUGAUGAUAGACUUACAGUCAUGAGUGUACUUGUAAAAACGCCUGUACCACCUAAAACCACUUGGAAACCUGGUAAGGUAAAAGUGGUCAGGGCAUUGUGCAAGUAUACUGCACAACGUGCUGAUGAACUGUCAUUCGACGAAGGUGAUUUACUUUAUGUUUAUGACAAAGAUGUUGAUCCAAACUGGUGGAGGGCAAAAUGCGGAGAUGAAAAGGGACUUAUACCUGUUGCUUACGUCGAGGAACAAACGCAAGAGAUUGAGUUACCAUUGCAUGAUGCUGCGAGACGCGGUAAUGUAUCCUUCCUGAAAGAAUAUUUGAAGCAAGGCAUAUCGGGAACCGGUUUAGAUGCUGCUGGAAAUACUCCGCUGUAUUGGGCGGCACGUACAGGCCAUGUGGAAUGUGCAAAAGAGCUUCUCAAUUUACCAAAUCCUGUAGUGAACGCUCAAAAUAAGAUGGGUGACACGCCACUGCAUGUGGCAGCUAGUCACGGACAUCUAGAGAUGAUAAAUUUAUUAUUGGAACACAACGUAGACACGACGUUAAAGAAUAAUGAUGGUUUUACCGCGGAGGAAUUAGCUGCCGAUAAAUCUAUCAAGAACGCAAUACAAUUACAUCAACGCCAAUACAAUGGCAUAUCUGGUUAUGACGAUGAAGAUUAUAAUGAUGAUGAUAGUGACUAAGGAGAAAUUUUAAACAUUUGAAUAAGAUAAUAAUUCCAGUAUUUUAAAUAGAAUGAAAGUUCUACAUAAUUAAACAAAAUGAGAAAUUUACGUAUUAAAUGAUAGUGUUAAUUCUGAAAGAUCUCAAACAAUGCUCACCUCUUUAUGAUUAAGAGCUACUCUUUUUAUAUUUCACAUGAUAUACAUUAUAGAACAUUUUUAAUCUAUCUAUUAUUGCAAUAUAAGACAACAGUUUAAAAGUUUUGAAUCUUUUAAAGAUCAAUAAGUAUUAUAAAAAUAAAAUAUACGUCAUGAACGCACAUAGGUGUAUUAGUGUUUUAUCAUACUGCCAUUAGCAUUAUUCUUCAGAAAUAUUCAAGUAUACGAUGAUCUGUGGAGAGCAUCAUUAUGACAAUAUACAUAUUUAAACUAUAUUAUGCUUUUGUUAAGCGAUUAUUAUGUUAAUUAUAUAAAUUAUAUACAAAAACAAGUUCAGGGAAAUAUAAUCUGAUGUGAAAUAUACAAGGCGAAUUAUGAAAGAAUAGGACUCUUACAUAAAUUAGUCUUUAUUCGAAAAAUUUUCAUGUAUUUUACUUUUGAAUAAUAGAAGUUACUAUUAAUAGCAUCUUUGUUGCUGCAUUUCGUGAUUUAUCGUUGUUUGAAGAUAAUUUAUGAAAAGGAUGCAACAGUGUCGUUUUUUUUCUAACAAUAAACUUCUUGAUUUGUAA